AAUGAUCUAAAGAAACAAAAUGGCGUCCGCCAUGGCGGAUGGUGGCGGCCGUUUGCUAUGGACAGAUCAAGCUACGCUAAAAGUUCUAAAUCUCAUCAAAGACCUCGACGUUGUGCACGUGUUAAAGUCGAAGCGACAGCGCAACCAGCAAACGUUCAUGACAAUUGAAGAACUCUUGUCGCCGCUGGGCUACGACUGGUCGUGGCAACAGAUUAGGUGCCACUGGAAAAACUUGAAGUCGCGAUAUAAUCAUGAGCGACGGAACUUGCGCCCAGGCCAAAAAUCUACGUGGAAAUACUAUUAUGUCAUGGAUUCUCUGCUCAAGCAACAAACGCGAGCCGAAGACUCGGCUAGCGCUCGCGGCGAUGACUCGGAGAAUUCAUCUGGAGCAGAAAAUUCGACGGAUGCUGGAAAUUAUUUACCUAGCAGUCAAGCCAUCCAGGGGUCUAGUCAGCACGGCAGUGAUGAAUACAUUGUGCCAACGCUGCAGGACCCCAGCACUUUAAGCAGCACAAAUGGAGCCCUUGUGCAACACCUUGGAGCUGCAGCACCUGUGGAGCUUGAAACUGUGGGAGCAAACACGGUGCAGGUCAAAAAAGAAGUGGAAACUGAUGAGGAAGUGCAGUGCGAGGGGCUGCAUGUGGUGACCACAAACGGUUCUUGCGAAGACAUAGAGCCGCAGCCUGUGGCUCCCAUACUGCAGGUGAUGCCCUCAGUUGAUCACUCGCUUGAUCUUGCACCUGAACGUACUGAGCUGCAGCAGAUAGAGCAAAUACUUUCAGAGCCAGACAUUGCCAAUUCAAUGAAUUCUCAAGAGGAAGCUAGUACGGUAUCUCAGAGCAGUAGCAUUGAACGAAGUGCAGACGUCCGUACUCGGACUUCGAGAAGGUACUUCUUCACGACAGGUACACCAGGCCUUGUGGAAAAAAAGGCAAGGUUGGAGCUUGAUAUUUUGGCUGCAACGAAACGGAAGCUCUUGGCCGAGCAGAUGAAGGCUGAAGCAGAGCAGCGUAAAGCUGUUGCCGAGACAUUGCUUCUCACAGAGGCACUCAAAAAGUAUGAUGAGGAGAAGAAGAAAGCUAUGGCUGAGACAAUGUUUCUGGUGCAGGAGAGAAUACGAUCAGAAGAGGAGACGCGACGAGCAGCAGCUAUGGCUGCCUUUCAUGUUGAGGAAAGACGCAAAGCAGCAGCCGAGGCGGAAAUGCUCAUUGAACACAAGAAGUACUUCAUGGAGCAAAGGAAAACUGAGGUAAUCAAGCGACGUAUGCUCCUCCUGGAGUUGCAGAAAAUGCGACGUGAGCUGAAGUUAGUGCCUUGAGUGGUUGGCCUGGAAGGUGUGUUUGUGUCAAUUCUUGGUGGAUAUGACUAAAUGGGCAACAUGUGGCCAGUUAUUCACUUGCAGGUUGUUGUGUUAUCAAUCGUUUUAUGACGACGUUCAUUGCGUGAACAAAGACAAACUGGUGGUGAAGUGUGUUCGUAUGACUCGGCAUCAUAGGGGAAACAACAGUCGUGUUAAAUUAUAGACGGCAUGUUGUGGCCACCCCCUUUGCAAAGGUGGCUGUGGUUGCAGAUAGUCUUGCUGGGCAGUGUAACAGUGCACUAGUUACUGUUGCCUCUGUUUGCCUAGCACUUAUAACAUUUGGAAAGUCGAAAUGUUGCAUUUGUUGCCCAUGCUUACCAUUCAUAUUAUUUUUGUCAAGUCAGCCAUGAAAUAUUGGUUCAUUGAUUUUCAAAGUCCACAUCUUUGUACUCGUGAUUUACUGUAUUGUUUUUUGUGUGUGUGCACCAUGUUUUUUUCUGCACAUUUUUUCUCCAUCAGACAUCUGUAACUACCCAGUCUUCCUCUGCUGUAGAAAAGCGGCUGCUCUUCUUUUUUUGGGUAGCAUACACAUUCUAAUUUCGUUGUUUGCUAAUAAAUAAGAUGACCUGAUCAUUUUAUAAUUUUACAAA